CCAUUUUCCUAUCAAUUUUUAACAAUAAAUAACGAAUUGUCUCCACGUCUAUUAUUAUUAUUAUUAUUUUUUUUUUGUAAAAGGGCUGUCCACGUCUAUUUUUACAAUCAUUUUAAACUAAACACAACUAAUAAUUCUAUGAACCGAGAUAAUCACAAUUAAAGAAUUUUUGUCAUUAUGAAGCUAAUACUACCAUUCAUUUGCUAACUAAAAGAGGCAAUAAACAUUAAUUUACUUGAUGAUAACGAUAAGAAACAUUAUUUUACUUUCAAAAGCUUUCUAAUUCUGCAAGAUAUUUUCACCCCUUUCUCUUUUGCUUUCCUUUUUUAAAUCCAAAUUAUUGGCCGCUUAUGGGAACGUGAAAUACAGGAUCAAUUAUAAUCUUGAUUAGCUGUCUUGAUCAAUGCAUCAAAGCCGGCCAAUUUUUUUAAAAAAAGAGAUACACAUCUCUAAUUUUAGUUCCAAAAUAAAAAGAAAAAAAUUAUUUAAUAAAUUUCAAUAUUCCCUAUCUUAAAUCAAUAGUUUCCUCUCUCUAUAUAAACAAAUCUCGCAAAUUACUCAACAAACAGCAACAAAUAUUUUCUCAUUCACUCAAAGUUCAAACCAAAGCAAAACACAACUCUUUUUACGAAGAAGAUGAUGAUGAAGAAGAUGUUUGUUCAGAUCGCAGUGUUUUGUCUAUUGGCUACGAUCGCAGCCGUCUCCGGCCACGAAGGUCACGUUCACAGCCCGGCUCCGGCACCGGGACCGGCAACUAACUCAGCUGUCGUUCCAACCACCAACAUGUUCACCGGAUUGGCUUUUGCUGCCGUAGCGCUUGUUCUUGGUCUCAACCACUGAGUUCAUCAUCACUACUGCAUUCAGCUUUUCUUGUUUGGUUCAGUUUCUAUGAGAUUAUUCUCUUGACUUUCAAUAUUCUUUUUGUUCUAUCAAAGUUUCAUUUUGUUGUUUACCUUAUUUGGUGAAUAAAACAAAACUCCAUUGGACU